AUGGGCAAUAUCGAAAGUGAUGAGUACACUUACUCCAAUGAAUUUGGGUACCAAGAUGGUCCCAAGUACCUCAGCAUCAAGACCAUGACAGCUGGAAAAGAAUCGCUUGAGUUGUUUGAUUAUCAUUGAAAUAACCCAAUUUCGAAAGAUUUCACAGUAAAAUCAGCCAAAUGAUUCUAUUUAUGCAGAAAAUAACGAGGGUGUAUUUCUCCUAAAUGUCGAUGAGAUAGAUCGGAUAAACUUGUCAACAGAUGUAAGAAUUUUAGUAUCUGUAGUCUAUUACCAAGGAGAGUACUACAUUUACCAGCCUAAAUCUCUACUCGACAGUGAUCUGGUCAAGCAUGCCAACAACAUGGGAUGCCAGAUCAUGUCUAAGAUAGAGGGAAAGUUAGAUUUCAGCAAAAGCGAGGAUUCACGGAAUGAAUUCAAAGCUGGAGAUUUUAUCAAAUUCGGAAGGAUAUGCUUCCAUGUCAGAGAAACCUCCGAAGAGCCUAUCAUUCUCAGCGAAUCACAUUCACGAGGAGCUAGCCCAAGAAGCAUGAUGGAUAACACUAUAGACUCUGCAGCUUUUGGAUCAACAUCAGUAAUGGGAGCAAUGAAUUUUAACAGUGGCAAAUGCAUAGGAAAUUAUCUGGAACCAAACCAUCCUUUAUCAGAUAAUUCCUCAAAAACACCAAAUGUUCAUCUAUCUCCAACUUUGCUGCUGAAGACUUCUAAGAAAAUGUCUCGCUCAGAGCUAUCUCUCAGGAUCAAGAAGUCUUCUGGAAAAAUUAAAGAAGCUCAAAGAGCUUCCAAAAGGGAGAAUUUUACUUGAAGAAUUUGCCUAUGCGACGGAGAUGUCGAAGAAGAACAAGCCAAAGGUGACCUAGAAACUGCUCUGGUGUCUCCCUGCAAUUGAUCAGGUACCUGAAAGUAUAUCCAUUACAUGUGCUUAAAGUCCUGGGUUGAUAGUAAGCGCAAAGAAAAGUACUAUCCCCAUGUUAGCACCUAUUAUUGGGAAGAUCUCACUUGCGAGCUUUGCAAGGCUCAACUCCCAGAAGUAAUCACAGUGCAAGGAAAAGAAAUCUCAUGAAAUAAAUUACUCGAUUACCCUGUCCCAAAAAGAUCAAAAUAUGUCGUCCUCGAGACAUAUAAUCGUUUUGAUGAAAAAUAGCAGACUUGUCCAAGUCUUGGACUUUAGAAAGAAAUUCUCCCUUUCAGUUGGAAGAUAUAGAGAUAGUGAUCUGUGCGUCCCGGAUAACUCGAUAUCCAGACUGCAGUCUCAAAUUUUUUAUCACAAAUAAAAAGUUUUACUUCAUGGACUUUCAGUCUAAGUUUGGAACUUUACGAGUCUUCAGAAAGCCUUUAAAAGUGGAUAACUCGGUUAUCAUUCAAUCCGGAUGUACUGUGUUAUGGUUCAAAAUACAGAACAAAGAAUUAAGCUGAUGUGAAAAAUGGUUGGGCAGGAGUACACUCUAUAAACCGCACCCAUUCAUGGGCUAUGAACUAGUGUCUGAUUAUCUUCCCAGAGAACUCAAGCUAUUCUUUGAGAUAGUUGAUGUUAAGAAGAAACACUAUCAUUGAGAUGGAGAGAAUGGAGACUUCAGCCAACGGGGCACUCUUUUCAAUAGAUACCUUCAGGAAUUUAAGAAAAAUAAAAUAAAGGAGAAAACCAAAACUGAAGAAAAACCAAGAUUUCACCAUGAUCUAAAAGAACUUAGAGAGACCUCUGAAGCCAAAGAAAAGCAAGAUGCACUUCAAGGCCAAGAGGAUAGAGGGAUAAUUAGGAUAAGAGAAUCAGGAGCCAACAAAGAAGGAAGCAAACGAAACGGUGAAUUCGGUACUCAAAUUCAGAAACCUAAAAAUUCCAGAGUAAAUUAUAAAAUCUAGAAGUAAAAACCUCUCAAUUCGUAAUAAUCCUCUAACAAUUAUUGAUACUCAGAGAAAUACAGCAUGGCAAUCUGAUAGUUAUUUGAUAAAUCCUCGUGAAGAAGACAAAGUUGAAGAUAUCUACUCUAGCCCUGAAGUUGAAAAGAAUAAGAUUCUUUCCAUCGUUAACCGAGAGCUAGACGUAAUGAGAAGAGAAAGAAUUAACGAAUCACAAGACAAUAUUGACGUAAAUUCUCUACUCUUAAGCACACCUCUACAAGAUAAAAGAGAUAACUAAUCAGGCAUCGUUCCCAAUAGAGAAGGCUUAGGCUCUAAUUAAAAUAACUAAAUCCACUACCUAAUUUCACUAAAUUCUUU